AAGUGACAGACCAGGCAUCUGUACAUGAAGGCAGGACAAGCCAAGUCUGAUGACAGAGUCCUAUGCUCUCGUUGUUACAAGUACAAGACAGCGAAAGAGUUCGAGACAUCGAAAGUGGGAAGGAGAAACAGGAUGUGCAAAACAUGCUCAAGAUUCUCGAUACCAGAGAGAUAUGAAAGACUGGAUGCGGAUCUCUACAUCGAGAGGCUGAAAGGGCAGAAAGGGAGCUUGUUGGAGCAGGAGGAGGAAGCCAAGUGGCAAGCUGCUGCUCCUGUCAUCCCUGGUGCUGAGUAUCUCGAUACCAUCCCGCAUGCUCCAUGGCCAUCACGUGCCAUGCUCAAGAGGCGAGUCGUGCUUGGGACGCCGGAUAUCAUCGUCAGGACAGGCAUCACCAAGAUCGAGUAUCCAGACGGGAGCGUCUACGAGGGAGAAGUGAACGAGAGAAAACGCCAUGGCAACGGAAUCCUUACAUGGCCGACGGGGGACACGUACCAGGGCAUGUGGUACCAGGGACUUCCUCACGGCAUGGGGGUUGCGGAGUACGCCUCCGGAGCAGCAUACUCCGGUGAAUGGAACCUCGGCGAUCGGCACGGGAGUGGGAUGUACUUCUUCUGUGAGCACCCGGACGAGCCGCACAGAGAAUAUGCGGGCCAAUGGCGGAACGACAAGUACCAUGGGAUCGGGAAACGACUGUCCAAGAGCGGCACUGUGUACCUCGGAUUCUGGCGCAAGGGAAUGCGGCAUGGCGACGGUAUCUGCCGGAUAGCAACAAGCACCAUGCUCGAUCCGGUCGCAGCGAUCGCGAACGCAGUGCGCAGGUUCAGACACGUGGGAGAGACAGGACGAUACGGGCAGAUACGAGCAGAUGAGAAACACGAGGUGGACAUGCUUCAGAUCAUGGGCGGGAUCGCGGAUUGGCACAGCGAGACGUCAGGAGUGACGGUACAGGAAGGAAGGUUUACAAAUGACGAGUUUAAUCCAAGAGACCGCAAGGAGAUCAGGAAGAAGAUGGGGCUUGAAAGCAAUCAGGAUGAAGGCGAAGCCAAGGAAGCAGAUGCAGAGAAAGUGACGAAAAAGAAGAAAACUAAGAUGCUUUCCUCCAAAGCCUUCCCCCAGGAUACCGUUGAAGUCGAACAGUUCGAGGACACAAUCAAGUUCGCAAUGACAACGUCCGAUGCCGCCGAGUUGAUCGGCAAACAGGUCCGUGCUCGUUAUCAUGGGGCAAACUUCAACUUCAGAGUCACAAAACUCGAGCUCUGA